UGUGACUUUGUCUCUAGUAAAUGAUUAAGAUUAAAGAUAACUAACUCACCAUCCGAUUUAAUUACAUCAGUCAAAGUAAGAUCACGUGAUCAGAUCCCCAUAACUAUGUGUUCCAACCCCAUGGAAUCUUAUUCUAUAAAGCAACAAACUAUACACAAGUCUCUCUCUCUCUUUCUCUUUCCCAGUGUCUCUAACAUCUCUAUCCAAAAUUUUCUUAAAGUUUCAGUUCUAAAUAAAAAUACAAAAACAAACCUAAGAGCGUUCAAGAUUCCUAAAGUAAUUACAAGAAGAAAAGUCAACAAUGAAGAGAUACUGGUCAGUGGCUCUGGUUCUUCUGCUACUAGUAGCUUUCUGUAGCAGCAAGCAUAGCGUACAGGGACGUCCUCUGUUAAGGAUGACACAUUCUAGUCAAGCUGUGAGAGAUUUGCAGACAAGCAAGGAAAUGAAGGAAGAAAAGCCGCUUAGAGGAGAAAAUGAUAGCUUCCGAAGAAUCCCAAGGACUGGCUCAAACCCUAGUCAGAACAAGUAUAACCUCCCUGUUGGUGUUCAAGGAAGUAGGAAACAUCAGAUCACAGAAGCAACAAAACCUUAAAUUUACAUUUCUUUUUGUCUUUCAUUUUCCUUCUUAGAUCUUCUAUAUAUGUUUCUUUCUUUUUUUUGGUAGAAUAGGUAACUAGACUUUUUUUUCUUAAUUAUGUAAUCUACUUGAAAUAUAUGAACUCAUCAUUUAGUUUUGAGGUAUUCAGUCUUAUGGAUCAAGAAAAGAGACUUUAGAGAAUCCUCACACUCGUCGUGUAGUCUCACCUUCAAACUCUCAACCUCCGUGUGUUAUGCUUCUUCCCGCUAAUUUUUUUUUUUUUUUGAAUUACAAGGAGGUUUGGGCCGAAGCCCCUAAUCCCCCAGACCCGAAACACCACAUCAUAUAAUAUUAGUUUCGUUCCAGCGGUCACUCGAA